AUGUCUCUCUCUGUUCGUGUACACAUUUUGUUCGACAAACAAGAAAGCACAGUUAAGGCUAUGUCUGAAGAUAGCUUGAUCGGAUCUCUUCUAGAUGAAUACUCAGGUUUCGAAUUUACUUGUGGCCAUUUGUUGAAUUAUGAAGACACUUGGCACAGUUUUGGUGAAACACAAAUAAUUGUUAGCGCCACUGCUUGUGAUGAUGUGGUGAUUGUGAAAAUAAUAACAAACAACAAAACUACUUCCAUAACUACAAAGAUGAGUUCCAAAAGACCACUCGGUGCUGCUUUUGCAUUGUUUGAACAAGUAGCAUACCAACAGAAUAAGAGAUCCCAACAAUGGAGUUAUUGUUAUGAAAAUAAGCCGAUUAGGGGAGAUGAUUCAUUGCAAGAAUUGCUUAUACAAGAACUACUAUGGGGUGAUGAGAUUUCAAUUGUUGCAUUUUCUGCCCUUGUUAGUUGUUAUCCUGGAAUUACAUUCUCCAAUACAUGUGACAAAGAAAUGCUUCUUUUUGAUAAGUCACUGUUCAUUGAGCAUGUAUUAGAAAAGAGAAAGUCACAACACUCACUAAUAUUGAGGCCAAGAAGGUUUGGAAAAUCAUUCAAUUUGAACAUGUUAUCAUAUUUCCUUGAUAUAAACCAAACUGCCACUUCAGAGAAAUUGUUUAAAGAUUUAAAGAUUAUGCAAAGGGAAGACUUGUGCAAACUGCACAUGAACAAAUAUCCUGUAGUCCUUAUUUCAUUUAAUGGUGUAGUAUCUAACUCCUUGGAAGAAACUAGAUGCAAUAUUCUCCAUUUGUUGACUAAACUAGUCAACGAGUUUGGCUAUUUAUUGAAUAGUGAAACCUUAACAGAUUCUGACAAGCAGAAAUUAUUAGAAUAUCAAAAACAAACAGAUACAUUCGCUUUGGAACACCUGAUAGAAUGUCUACACAAGCAUCACCAAUCUAAGGUCGUUUUACUGAUAGAUGAAUAUGACUCACCUCUUAUGGGAAGUGUUUAUAUGAGCUUUAGAAAAGAGAUUUUUGAAAUAUUUGCAAAUAUAUUUUCCUUUUUAAAAAGGAAUGAGUCUAUUGAGUUUAGCUUGUUCAUGGGUAUUGUACUACUUACAGAUAUGGGAUACCUUUCGGGACUCAAUAACUUGUGUUAUUAUUCAACACAAAGUGAUGAGAUUUUUACGACAGAGUUUGGAAUUACCCAACCAGAACUGUCUUCAGCAUUAAAAAGAAUCAGAGGUAAAGAUUAUCCAGGAUUGGAUACUGAGUUCAAAGAGCUCAAUCAUUGGUACAACGGUUACAAUGUUGAUGGCAAUUCCAAGUUAGUGUUCAACAUGUGGUCAUUAUGCUCAUAUUUUGCUUUAGGAAAGAUUUCUGAUUAUUGGAUUUCAACAGGUACAACUGGAGAGCUAGUUCAGAUAUUAAACAUUGAAUCUUCAGAUGAUAUUGAAAUGAUUGAUGAUUUAGAAACCUUGAAGAACGGAGGAGAAAUAGAAAUUGACAUGAGUUUGGAUGUGGAUGUUACAAUAUUUACUUGUGGACAAAUUAAGAGAAAACACGAACUAUUCUGGAAAUUAAUGUUUUAUUCUGGGUAUCUAACUGGAUCUAAAACUUCUCAAACCAGUAAUGUGAGGGAAAGUUGCUCUCAAAUAACAUAUACCUUGAAAAAUCCUUUCUUUCUUAGAUGUCCAAAUGAAGAGGUGAGGAGCAAUAUUCAAAAUUCCUUUAUUGCAAAAAUAGGGACUUGCAAUAGAUCUUGGAAUGAGAGCAAGACAGAUGUGCCAUCGACUCCUGCAUGGAUGAGAUAA